CAACUAGGAUAUUUUUGGCAUCUUACGGAUUUGCAUUUGGAACCCAACUAUAUAGUGACCUCUGACCCUGGUAAAGUAUGUCCAUCUGCAGGUAAUCAGCCUGUGAGAAAUCCCGGGAAAUGGGGGCAUUAUCUGUGUGACUCUCCUGGCGUACUCAUUAACUCGUCUAUUCAUGCGAUGAAAACAAUCCUACCAAAUCCAGACUUCAUACUCUGGACUGGAGAUGACACUCCCCAUGUACCCAAUGAACAACUGAGUGAGAAGGCCGUCUUGGAUAUUGUGGAAUGGAUAACAGGUCUAAUCAUUGAAGUGUUUCCAACAACCAAAGUUUAUGCUGCUUUAGGAAAUCAUGAUUACCAUCCUAAAAGUCAACUUCCAGUGCAGAACAAUUCCAUUUAUUAUCGGAUAUCAGAAUUUUGGAGAUCAUGGCUAAAACCAGAAUCAAUAUCUACUUUUCAAAAUGGAGCAUAUUACAGUGAGCAGUUGGUAAGCCCAGGAUCUUCGGGCCGUAUAAUCAUUCUGAACACCAACUUGUAUUAUGAUUCCAACAGUGUAACAGCCAAUAUGAAGGAUCCUGGGGACCAGUUUACUUGGCUAGAAAAUCAGUUAACUGAUGCAGCCCAGAAAGGGGAAAAGGUUUAUAUAGUGGCACAUGUGCCCCCAGGUUAUUUUGAAAAAAAACGUGGAAAACCUUGGUUCAGGGAGAACUUCAACAAGCGUUACGUGGAGAUCAUCCAGAAACACCACAAUGUGAUAAAAGGGCAGUUCUUUGGACAUCAUCACACAGACUCAUUCAGAAUGUUCUACAGCAACUCAGGUGACCCCAUUAGUACCAUGUUUAUUGCUCCUGGAGUAUCUCCAUGGAAGACCACAUUACCAGGUGUUGAGAAUGGAGCCAACAAUCCUGGAAUAAGAGUGUUUGAAUAUGACCGUAACACCCUUAAUAUUCUGGAUAUGGUCACUUAUUACUUGAACCUUACGUAUGCAAAUAAAGAGUCACCUAGGUGGGAGAAGGAAUACCGCCUUACAGAAUCAUUUCAGGUACCAGAUGGAUCUCCACAGUCUAUGCAUGAUGUACUGAAGAAAAUAUCAACUGAUACUUGCUUUCUACAAAAGUACUAUGAGUAUAAUUCAGUCAGCUAUGAUCUAGAAAAUUGUGAUGACUACUGUAAAAUUGAUCAUGUAUGUGCUAUGAGUGAAGUGGACUUUACAAAAUAUGCUACAUGUAUAAAGAAUGGAAAUGUAGCUUUUAAGCCUGCCUAUCAUCUGACUGUGAUGUUGGCUGUGUUGCUUAUGUAUGUUCUGAAUUAUAAAUAG